AUGUUCACUUCCCGCUUCGCCGUCCUUGCGCUGUUCGCCUUCUUCGCUGGUGCCAACGCCAACGGGACAUGUGCAAUGUGCCAAGAUACCGUGGACAUCGAAGGUGUGGCGGUCUACACGCUAGCCAACAGCACCGUUGAGACCAGCGGGUACACACUUUGCUCCUACACUAAUACUAAGCUGGGCAUUAAGGUGACCUGCGAGUAUUCGAGCGACGGCGCAUUCCAGGAUGGGGAUGAAUUGUGUCCGAGUAAGGAUGUAGAGUGGAAGCAGGCCGACGGGAGUAGCAAUCUUGUCCUGCAGGCAGCUGGGCAGCAUCAGUGA